AUGGCACAAUACGGAGGAGACCAAAGGCGCCAGUUUGAUGAGUAUGGCAACCCAGUCCGCCAGACUGACGAGUAUGGUAACCCUGUCCACCACGGAGGCACCAUGGGUGAAUAUGGAACCACUGGCACCACUGGAGCCUAUGGCUCUCAGGGUGGUGCUACCGGCACCACCGGUGCUUACCAGACAGGUACUGGCGGCGCCACUGGGUUUGGUUCCACCGGCCCAACCGGUGGUACUGGGUUAGGAACUGGAGAGCACCAUAAGGAGGGCGGUGGCCUUGGUGGCAUGCUUCAUCGCUCAGGCAGUGGCAGCUCCAGCUCAUCUGAGGAUGAUGGGCAAGGCGGAAGGAGGAAGAAAGGGAUAAAGGAGAAGAUCAAGGAGAAGCUGCCAGGUGGUCACAAGGAGGGCCAGCAGCAGGCAGGCUAUGGUGGCACCACUGGUACAGGUUAUGGUACCACUGGAACUACUGGCCAGGGAUAUGGCGUUGGAGGCGAGCAACACGAGAAGAAAGGAAUGAUGGAGAAGAUCAAGGAGAAGCUGCCCGGCGGCCACUAG